CCAGAGGAUCACAGCUGCUGAUCCUUUUGCUCAUUUAAAAAGAGAUGCACUGGCCUGCCAUUUUCACCUGGCUCUCUGCAGUGCUAGACUCUAGUGCAGUGGUUCCAUCAAAUUCCCAGGUGCUGCUGAUGCUGCUGGUCGGGGGACCCCACUUCGAGGACCACUCGUCUGGGGUAGUCAGGUGCAGGAACUCUGGGGCUAAGCUGCUGGGUUCCCAGCUCUGCUACCUUCUAGCUAUGCCACUCUGGGCCACAGGUGCCUCUUCUGUAAAACUGGGAUAAUCGUAGUCCCUACCUCCUAGGUAACCCCGGAGUUAACACAUGUAAAUUAUGUGCCUGGUGCAUUGUAAGUGCUCAAUAAAAUGCACUAUUAUUAGUAUAGCUAAAAAAGCAGCAUUUCCGGGUUUCAGUCCAGGCUUUCACACUGGCUGUGUGUCUUUGAGGAUGUCUUCUCACCUCAGUGUUCCCAUCUGUACUAGGGUGGUGAUGAUAACCCACUCUACAUUCCACGAAGGGCUUUCUGAGGAUCAUGUGGCAUCGGUGUGAGUGCACUUUGUAAGUGAUGACUUCCAGGUCCUGAGUCUGACACUCAGGGGCCCCUCCUGAUGUUCCCCUGCUGGCUCAUCCCCUCGCCCCUUACAACUGGGGUUCUAGCCGCUCCGGGCUGCAUGCAGCCCCCGACACACCUGCUCGCUCAUCUCUGAGGUUUUGCACAUGAUGUGCCCUCCAUCUGAUGCCCUCUCUCACCGUAUCCACCUGAUCCCAAAGGAGGAAAAAAGGGGCUGGUACUUCACCAUGGCAACGCUCUUCAUCAGGUUAGAUGGCAUCUUCCUGGAGCUGGGCAGCGAGGAGCAGAAGAGGUUGCCGGCCUUCAACCGCACGCUGGCCCUGCUCCGGCAAGUCCUCAAGUCCUCGGAGCCCCACCACCAAGCUCUGGCCUGGUGCUACCUCGGGAUGCUGCUGGAGAGGAAGGACACCUUCUCCAUCACCCCCAUGGGCAUCCAUGACUGCGGGUUUUCAGGGACCGACCCCCUGGACUGCUUUGGCAAGGCCAUUGAGAUUGCCAAGGACAAACCCCCCAUCCUGAAUCACCUGGCCAAAAUCUUCCACUUCCUCGGAAAGCAGGAUAUGGCCAUUGGUACCUGCAACAUGGCCCUGGACAUCCUACGAGAUCCGGAGCUCAACUGGCAGGCGUACUGCACAAGGGCCAAGAUCCACGUCAGAGCCUACCUGCAUGACCUGGAGCGAAGCAAGAUGGGGCUCGGGGGCAUGCCUGACAGGAACCACCUGGCCUGCGCCAAGGCCGACCUCGAGGAAGUGGUCAAGGUGUGCCCAGGCCUCAAGACCUACCUGGACAUCGGCCAGCAAGUGUGGGAAUGGAAUGAACGGGGAGCAGCGACGGCAGGGGAGAAAGGCUCACCCGAAGCCCCCACCCCAGGUCUACUACUACAUGGGCGUGGACGCUGUGCAGGAGCUGCUGGCGGUGGACGAGGCGGCGCUGAACCAGGCGCUGGUCUUCCUGGCCAAGGCCGGCGAGUCGGAGCUGGGCGCCACGCUGCCCGAGCUGCAGCUCUUGCGCGGCAAGUGCCUGCGCAUCAAAGGCGAGGAGGCCAACGCGGUGGCCUGCUUCAAGCGCGCCGUGGAGCUGGACGACGCGGGCUCCAGCCACACCGAGGCCUUCGGCUGCCUGCUCGAGGCCCUGAUGGCGCAGUGGAGCCAGGCGCAGCUCAGCGACGGCGAGCUGGGCAGCGAGGUGGACGCGUGGCUGCGCUGCGCCCAGGACAAGUACCCGGCGGCGCGCCUGCGCCAGGAGCUGCAGCGCGUGUGGCGCGGCCACACGGGCGAGGUGCUGGGGCUGGCCCGGGCCUUAGUGGCGCAGGGACGGCCGGCGCUGGUGCGGCUGCUCUUCGAGACCAUGGCGCGCGAGGGCGAGGGCACUGGCCCAUGGCGGGGCCGCCGCGCGUUCUCCUUCGGAGGUCCCUGAGGCCCCGCCCCGUUGAGGCCCCGCCCACAAGUGAUUGGACCUGGUCGGGGCGCUGCCCACCGGCUUUCACUGCCGUAAGCUGGCGGGUCCUGGGACCCCGUCAGAUUCUCUUUCGGGAAUUGGAAUGGAAACGUUGGGACCCUAGGACGGUUUGACGUGCCCACGGAGGCAAAAAGGCCUGAUUCAGCUGGGGCAGACGCGAGGGGCCGCUGGGAAACUGUCAACUGAAAGACCAAAUUGUACAAAUAUGCAGAAAAAAUAAUAUGGAGCCUCCCAAGAGAUACAGAAGAUAAUUGCCUUCAUUUUGGUGGCUUUCUAGUACCCAAGAGCCUGUCUUUGGAUUCCGUGAGCCACGCUCUAUCCUUAUAAUAAAGCCCCCUUUACUUAGGUUGACUGGAGUAGGUCUCAGGUCCUGCCUCCAGAGAAGCCGUGGCUAGAGAAGAGGGCACAGCUGCCAAGGAGCAAGUAAGGGAAGGGCGGUAGUCUACAUCUGGCUACUCAGGGCUCUUUCCUGCCUCUCUAGCAGCCUUCCAGCAGCCCUCAUCCUUGGCCAGCUUGGUCUGAAAGGCCCUCAAACUCCCUGAAAUAAAGCCCAUCAGUAGUACCUUUGCUUGACUUCUCUGUUCUUGGGGGGAAAGUAGGGGCCCCACCCACGGAAGUGCCAACUGCCCCCAACCUCAAACCUUCUACAAAAGAGUGAAGAAAAUCUUGGAAUUUUACACUCUUGGAAUCAUAGUCAUAGAAUCUUAGACGUGGAAUUUUAUUGUCAAAGACUUAGGCUCUGAUUGCCAGCAAAUCUUAGAACGGCCAAGCUGGAUUCUUGUGGUCCUACUUACUUACAAGAGCUAAUUUAACCUAAAAUUCCAGAUCAAGUUCUUUCCAGACUGCAAGAAUGCUGGUUGUACGUAACUGCAAUGGCAAGACCCCCCCUUAAUGGUUUGUGAUUUAUUUUGCACUUUUCCCCUUUUUUAAAAAAAAGUUACACUCACUGCUUUGUUCAUUUUCCUGAUGCUCAGACUGUACCAGGGAUAGGCCAGCACCCCUGCAUCGCUUCUCAUGUCCCCAGUGACAGAUGGAGAACAGACCGAAAAGUGCAAUCCCUAGAGAUCACGCACCCCGAUCUCUCUUUGUGCACAUAGGAAGACUGAGAGCCCUGGAAGGGAAGUAGCUUGCUCAAAGUCACACUUCCUAGCC